GGGGUCUGUGGCGCGUCGGGAUGUCCUCGAGUACCUAUUGACGCAGCCAGCAUUUUGGCGCGAGCCGUGUGACCACGUCGAAAUUGUUGUUACCGCCCUAUAUUCCAAUGGCAAGGCUCGCCCGGGUCUUCUUGACAGGAGAACAAUGGCCAGCUGGUUAGAAAGGGGCCGUCCAGCUAUUUUUGAGGCAUUAGCAACCGUAUGCGACCAGAUCGACAAUGACCUCCAAGCCGAGUUGGAGGAGAGAGACCGUCGACAGCAUACACUCCUCACAGACGAAGUUGCAACACUGCGCUCUCGUAUCACCACUGUGGACCGCUUGGAACGAGAGAACCGGUCCCUAAAGGUCGAGCUGCUCGAAUUUCGUGGCAAACACCAAAAAGGGGUCCUCGGCUUCGAUGGCAACUCAAGAGCGCCAUUGGGAGAAAUAUCCCCAAACAAAGCUGCCUCAUCAUGCAAGAGGCAAGAAUACUCUGGAUUUGAGCACGCCAAAUCCGGUCCGACCGUUACCAUACUCGAAAAUGAUUAUGCCAAACUCAAGGCCAAAUACGCUGCGGCCAGGAAAACCAUCGACGACCUCACGGCCCUCGCCCGGAAGUUUCGCGAUGAGCGGGACGGUUGGCUCAAGUACGCAGAGGCUCUUGAGGCCAAGGUCAAGAAGCUGGAAAAAAAGAAUGGUGACUCGUCAAAACCCAAGCCACAGCUCCCUAUUACCGACGUCUCGGGUUCCGCAAGACCAGAUGAGGGACUGGUGGUAGCGGAGGAACCCCUCCCUCAGAUGGCAGCUCCCGAUCCUUUGGCAAAGUCGCAUACAAAUUCGAGCUUCCAUUCGGAACCUAGGACUAGCGUCUCCUUUUCAGGACGGGAUCGUCUGUCCUCGGAACUGCCGUUGUCCCCUCGACGAGCUCUAUCCACGCCAGUCGAUAUACCAUCAAUUGGAGCCCCCAUCAGCGCUGGACGACACUCAAGCUCGACGGAGGGUGAAAGUACAUACGUGACACAGGACACAGUCCUGCUCUCUCACCUGCCCCGAAACGCUUCCCUUUCCGGCGACGUUGUAAUCAAGGACGAGCCGUCUUCAGAUGGACCGAUAAUCGUCUCGGAGAGGAGCGUGCGCAAGAGGAUGCGGGAUGAUGCUGCCAGCGAGGCACCUACGGCUCGCAGGGUCAAGAGCGAACACACCAGCUCAGACCCAGUGUUCAUGCGAGAGUCACGCGGCUUCUCCCCGCAGGAGAGUAUCGACCUAGACAAUGGACAAGAUCCGAUGACUACUCCCAAAAAGCGACGAGGUCAGUGUGGCGAUGAUCCCGCCCCAGCUGACGACUUCGAAGAAGAUGAUAUCGAAGGAAUUACCUUGGUAGAGGCUUGCCAUCCUGGGCCUGGCGAGCUAUCAAGUCUUCAAACCCAUCUCAGGACGCCUGUAGAGCCGCAACGGGCUCCCGUCACGGCCGCUCGAUCAUCUGCUCUCGCUCCAUCCACUUACAGGCCAAUCAUCUCAAGGCAGGACACAAUUCGCAAACCCGCGAUGAGCCACAGCUUGCGACUCAAUAAUGGGGUUGAUGAAUUGGCAGAGUCUGAUGAUACUCCUUUUUGCCAGAACGGGCAGCGGAACUCGAUAGAGGUUCCGAAUCAAGCUGUGGCCUCAACAGGCCGACUUGACACGCUCUUGAACAGACCAUCGGUAGAGGGCGAUGCGGUUCGAUUACGACCAAGCCGCCAGAUACGUAAAACGCCUUAUGCUGACCCGUUCGAUAUCAUCGUGCCAACGAGGGAGCUGCCGUUCGGGAAAGGGGAUAGAAGAAAUGCGAGCCGGACACCAAAAACAACAGCGAACAUGGAUCGAAAUCAGGAAAAUCCAAAGUCGGUGUCUCGGCUCCGCAUGAGCGAGACAUCCGCCUCAAAGCCACCCAGUGCCUCAAGGCCAUCCGGUGCUCCUCCACUCCGCCUCCAACCCCUGGCGAGUCUCCGGCUUGACGAUUUCAAGAUCAAUCCCAAAUUCAAUGAUGGCCAGAACUAUGCGUUCUCCGAGGUCGUGCGUAACAAGUCCGACCGCGCUGAACUCCCUGGCUGCACUGAUCCCCAGUGUUGUGGCAAGCACUUCAGAGCUAUGGCCCAAGCCGAGCUUGAGGCGGUCGGGCCAUCUCUGGUCCAUCGAGCAGCGGAUAUCACGUUGCUCGAAGACUAUCUCGGCGAGCAGGCCUACAGGCUCGGCCUCAUGAAUCGACUCGAGAAGGAGGAACUGUGGCUGGAGGCCAAGACGAGGGAGCUCGCCAACAAGCAUGGAAAGCAUAGGCACAGAUUUUCGCGGAGACAGUCGCCGCCGGGUUUCUGGAACACGGAUUUCCCGAGUACGCAAGAGAUGCAGAAGGAGAGGGAGGAGGGUGAUAAGAGAGAAAAGCGACUCGUUGAAGAGAGGUGGAGGGAGGCGAUGCGGAGCGGAGGAAGGUGGCUUUUCAGGGACGAGCGAUGACCACCGGUAGCAGACUUGCUGUGUAGCCCAUUAUAUAGGAUGAUGGAUUAUGGGAUAACAUACUCUCUGUGACCAGAGAGCAGAGAGCAUUCUGUCCAUUAUGAUGACAAGUAACUACCUAGGUAGGCGCGGUGUCAGGCAUGGCAAUGUAGGUAUUUCAAACCUAUCAAGCACCAAGCUAUGGACCUAGGUAGGCCUGUAUCUUUCAUGGCCUACGCUAGGUCUCACCUUUGUAGACAUGCAACUCAAUUUCGCCUGUCAGAUGAGUGGAAUUCAUUGUUGCUUUAUGAAUUGCAUUGUCUGGCUUAUUAAUGGAACCGGG